CGAGCCACCUUCUCCCUUUCUACACUCUCAGCCCUCCACCCCGCCCCUUUCCAAGCGUGCCCCGGGCCGCCGCCGCAGAAACCGCACCACCUCUCCCCACAUUCUCCACGCGGGACGCGCAGCCGUGCCUACAAGUGUUCUUAAAGCAGAGAUGAAUAAUACUGCAGCCAGCCCAAUGUCUACUGCCACUUCAAGUAGUGGAAGAAGUGCAGGGAAGUCGAUAAGCUUUGCAGCAGAAUUACAGAGUAUGAUGUUUUCUUUAGGUGAUGCCAGAAGGCCUCUUCAUGAAACAGCAGUAUUGGUAGAAGAUGUGGUACACACACAGUUAAUUAAUCUGUUACAGCAAGCUGCCGAAGUUUCUCAGCUUCGGGGAGCAAGAGUAAUCUCUGCCGAAGACCUUCUGUUUUUGAUGCGCAAAGAUAAGAAAAAGCUUAGAAGGCUACUGAAGUACAUGUUUUUCCGAGACUACAAAUCCAAGAUUGUCAAGGGCAUAGAUGAGGAUGAUCUUCUGGAAGACAAAUUGAGUGGCAGCAGUAAUGCAAACAAAAGACAAAAAAUUGCCCAAGACUUUCUCAACUCUAUUGACCAGACAGGAGAACUCUUGGCAAUGUUUGAAGAUGAUGAAGUUGAUGAAGUUAAACAAGAAAGAAUGGAGAGAGCAGAAAGACAAACUCGAAUUAUGGAUUCAGCUCAAUAUGCAGAAUUCUGUGAAAGUCGACAAUUAAGUUUCUCCAAAAAAGCCUCCAAAUUUCGAGAUUGGUUGGACUGCAGCAGUAUGGAGAUAAAACCCAAUGUUGUCGCUAUGGAAAUUUUAGCGUAUUUAGCAUAUGAAACUGUGGCACAGUUAGUGGACCUGGCUCUUCUUGUGAGGCAGGACAUGGUAACCAAGGCAGGAGACCCCUUCAGCCAUGCCAUUUCUGCAACCUUCAUUCAGUAUCACAGCUCUGCUGAGGGAUGUUGCAUGAAGCCCUACCCGGAGUCUCCUGAGAACACACCUCCUCCUACACCAACAGCACCAUCGUCCGGAUCACAGCACCCAGGGAAAACCGCAGCAGGGCCCCUCGGCAAUGGGAGUGCUGGACAAGACUUGGCUAAAACCAAGCAAAGGAAAAGAAAAAAGAGCACUGCGGCCUGUGGUGCUGAGGCUCACAGCGAUGCCAUCCAGCCCUGCCACAUCAGAGAGGCCGUUCGACGCUACGGCCACAAGAUUGGCCCCCUCUCCCCAUUCACAAUUUCUUUCUCUUUGACAGAGUGCCCACCGCAGGAAUGGGAUGGCUUUUCUGGCCUGCUGAGGGGACUGUGACGGUAACAACAGGAAAGGCAAUGUUCUGUUAAGGUGAUUUCUGUUCCCCUCUUCCUUUGGACAAAAUAAAAUACAAGUUUACCUUC